CUUCUGUUGAAAUACAUGUAAUGUCAUAUAAAUUUUUAACUUCAUUGUGUAAUUUAUUAUGCACUUAUGCUUUUACGUUUCGCAUUAGUCACGUAUAGUAUUAAUCUUUAGCCCUAAGACAGUUAAAACCUAGAAUCUGAAAAAACGUGAUACCUAAACUUUGCAUAGUUAGGUAAUUCUCCGAUGCGUGGGUAACUUGUGUUCAUCAGUUUUUAAUUUGGAAAGUUUCUUUGAAACCAUCAUCAAAUGUCUAAUCACAGUCCAAUGCAUGAAGACUCCAACUAUUCAAGUUACUCUAGCAUGAAUGGGGACAACAUGAAAGAUAAUAUCUGCCGCGACUACUUACGUAAUGUCUGCAACAGAGGUAGUAGUUGCAAAUUCAGGCAUCCUGAAGGAGAUGAAGCUAAAGCCCUUGGUAAGAAAGAUUUAAUAUUUUGCCAUGAUUUUCAAAAUAAGGAAUGCCGUCGACUUAACUGCAGGUUCAUUCAUUGUACAAAGCAAGAGGAAGAGCUGUACCGCUCCAGUGGGUACAUUUCAGAUCAUAUAAUGGAGAGCGUUUCCCAAAAAGGUGGAGGUCAAUUGAUUUCAAGCAUUCCAGUUUGUAAAGAUUUUUUAAAAGGGGAGUGUAAGCGAGGAGGGAGAUGCAAGUUUAGACAUAUCACUGCUGCACAGUACUAUUUGGAGAACAACAACCUCAAUUCUCGUAGGGGCCAGUUUGAAAACUAUGAUCGUCCAUUUGAUGGGUUUCCUGCAUGCGAGCCACAGCCAAAAAGACAGGCUUAUGAAACUAAUAACUUUUCUACAUUUAGCAGCGGGAACUCCGUGUCUGAAUCCCACCAAAUUUUACCUCAACAUUACCGCAUGCUUCAAGAAGAAAAUGCUAGGAUGCUGCACAAGAUUGAAGAACUUAAAAAACAAGUAGUUGACCUUACAGCAACCAAUCAAUUUUUGCGUGAACAAAAUGAACAGUUGAGGGGUUUAGCUAGUAAAGAUUGGUAUAUGUCAGCUAAUCAAAAUUACUAUCUCCCGCAGUGA